AUGUCCUACUUUGAUGCAAGCCCGUCCAAGACGGAGCGCAGGCCAGUGCACACAUCAGCAGGUCAAGGCUUUGCACUCGGUCCCGACUCAGGCAAGUCACCGUUGCACAGCCCGACUCACGAACGACUUGACUCCCAUGAGGUCCUGGCCCGCUGGGAAGAGAGUCGAGCACUCGUCUAUGGUCGAGACACGCCGAGCGGCAUGUCACGAGGACGAAGUCAGGACAGCUUGUUCAGUAUCGUCAGCCUUUCCCCUCUGCCCACGCCGUCGGGCAUCAAGUCGAUUGACGACGAGGUUCUCCUGCCAUAUGCCGAACGACAGGCGGAGGUCGCAGAGCUGCUUGCGCUGCCGCAGCAUAGGUUGUGCUUAGAUACACUCAGAGCCAGCUUGACCACAGACACGCGCUCAAGCCUUGAGCAACUACUUGCAAUGACACGCGACGAGCUUCCUGAUCGAGCGUGGAGUAUCAGGUUGGCAAGCCUCCUAUGCGAGCAACGACAAUGGCCGCAGCUUGCUCUGAUCUUGGGCAUCGACCGACAUGCCCAGACCUCGCCGCACAUGUCAGAUAAGAGGGCGAUGUCACGUAGCAGAUCGCGCUCUGACGGGUCAGUUCGCGAGGUCCGCGCUGUCGUCUGCUCGCCUCGCUCGGGCAAGAUCGAGCUGUCCUCACGCUCUCCACGAAGCAGAGCGGUCAGCUUGGGCGAAGGCGAGAGACAGGAGGCCGAGCUCGAAAUAGCUUCCCAUGAUCCCGCGCCGGUCAUUACCCCAGACGAGCUGGGUCUACAUCGCCGGGCGCUCUCGACCGGCCCAAUGCCACCCAUCUCUGAGAACGCCGAUGAUGACGUUCUCGCAAAUUCGAUGCUCGGUCUCCUCCAGCCUAGUCAACACGCAAUAUCAAAUCCGCCUUUGCUAGCCGGACUAGUUGCGCAAAACCACGCUUGCCACCAAUCUAGUUGCGCUGGCGCAGAACGAGUAUAUAGUCGGCAUCUGGGGUCAUCUUCUUAUCAGUACCGUUGCAACAUGAAGACCGUUGGAUUUGCAUUCGUAGCGGCAACACUUCUCAAUGGCAUCACCGCCGCACCGACCCUUGAGCGCAGGACGCCAAAGGUCUUCACAUCCACACUUGUACAGGAUGCUUUGUCCAAUGUCAGCCUGAGCGAUCUCAUCGUAACGGAUCGUAGCCGACACGAGCAGCUCUUCGGCAGGAUCAAGCUCGACAAGCGUGCCACACCGAGCAAGCAAGUUACAAAUGCACAAUCGUCUUACUACAUCUCGCUCGGUCUCGGCAGCCCAGCGACGACCUACCCAAAGAUGAUUAUCGAUACUGGCAGCUCGAACACGUUCUUCAUCGGUUACAAAACAUCGUCCACCACCGUCAACACCGGCGAGACCGUCUCUGUCAACUAUGGCUCCGGCAGCUACUCCGGUAGGGAGUACAUGGACAGCGUCAACCUUGCAUCAGGUUUGACCGUCACGAAGCAAGGCGUAUCGAGCGCGACGAGAUCGACUGGCUUCACCGGUGUCAAUGGCAUCAUGGGCGUCGGACCAGUUGACCUUACGCAAGGUACCACGUCUCGAGGCGAGCAGAUCCCCACCGUCAUCGACACAGCAUACACCGAAGGUUUCAUACCCGCGCGCAUUCUGUCCCUCUACUUUGCACCCACCACAGCCCAGACUUCUGCUAAUGGAGAGGCAACUUUCGGCGGUGUCGACACCAGCAAGACGACGACCGCCAUCCGAUACACACCCGUGACGAGCGUCACGCCUGCUGCUUACUACUGGGGUGUCACCACGACGAUCGCGACAACCAAGGGUGUUACCAUCGAGGGCACCACUAGCGGCAUUGUCGACAGUGGCACGACGCUGGUCUAUCUGUCCAGCACAGGCUUUUCGAACUACCAAGCUCAGAUUCCGGGCGCCGCUAUCGACAGCACGUCUGGCCUGCUCCGAUUCCCAAAGAGCUCAACCGCUAGCGUACCGGCACUGAACAUCAACUUUGGCAACGGUCUUGUUCUCACGUUGACCGCCAAUGCUCAGCUUGUUCCCGCUGCCGACUAUGCCUACUUCGGUCUGUCGACUGCAUAUUCUUAUUCAUAUGUCAACAACUACGGCAGCACCGGCACGGGUCUAGACUUUAUCCUUGGUCAAAAGUUCAUCGAGCGCUAUUACACCGUCUUUGACACCACGAACCACCGAAUUGGAUUCGCAAACACGACAUACACGUUGCAGUAA